AUGAGCGAAAGCUUGGAAGAUAGUCCUCUAUCGGACAAUAGGAUGGACAUAUCGGAGAACACGACCUCGCACGGAUCAUCGCCUCCACUUCACGUGGAAGGUUCUCCGGAUUAUUCGCCCGUCCACGAUUCGACUGGCAUACAGGUGAAGCAACCGCUUCUUGCUCUAUGCCAAUCUGACUCCGAGCUUGGUAACGGCGUAGAAUCGCACAACGAUUCUAACGCAACUACUGGCGCCACGACAGAAUCGAUAGAGAUUCAUAAACUGUCUGUUAACAAAUCGCCUUCCGUCGUAUCAUCUCGGGUAACAUCAUCGACCGGACUGACGCCCGUCAGCAGCCAUCCUCUGAUGAUGUCACCGACGGGAAGCGAGUCAGAUAUGUCGGAGUUUAUAGUGGAGUCAGCAGGGUGCCGAAAGCCGUCCGUGCGUAAUUACUAUCACUAUCCGGACGUGGUACCGGCGAGCGAGCAACCAUUGCGCCUGGCCAGCCCAUACGCGAAUCGUCGUGUCGUGGAGAAAAAAGAUAAUGGAUCGAUAGUAGCCGAUGAGAAGCGUUCUCACGUAGCCAUGGUGACGCCAGCAAGACGCACUAAGUGUUCGCCAUCGAAACGGUUGCCAGCAGCCAGUGAUGGUUCGAAAGUUAAAUCCACCACAGCUACAGCCACCUCGACACUCGAUGUUAUUAACAAUGCCAUCCAUAGGGGUGCCGAAAACGACCCGAACAGUGUUUCUCCCGUCCGUCAGCGUGGAACCGAGGAGAUGGGUUCAGAUUUUUUCAGCACCGAUUCGGAGGUCGAGGAACCGUACGAUGAAGAAGAUGUUUCAUUAUUUCAAGCUUCCGUUACACCGACAUUUCAAUCAGUGGCAUUGCACGCUUCACCACCCCAGUCGGACGGUCCGUCACCGACCGGUGGACAGCAGCGAAAGCACAAGCCACAUUCCAAAUCAAUCUCACCACGUUUGCACCAGCGCCGUAAAGUACCACUGCCGAGCGAUCUGCUAGUAGAUGACGUUAGCUCGAUGGAAGACACCCUCUCGAACCAGAGUGUGGACGAGCUGCAGCAGAACCUCGUGUCGCUCAGCCCAUCGUCCUCCAUAUUGGAUGAUAAUGGGUUUAACGUGGAUAUCGAUGAAGAUUUUCUCGAUCUACCCGGUACACCUAAGGCUGCCGCAUUGGCUGUCGAUCCAGAUGUCCACGAUGUGGUACCCGGGCGUUCGACUGCUCUGCCUCAGUAUUCAGCCCGAGAGGAAGCUCGGGAUAUACGGAACUGGCAGAAGAUUACGCUACCGGAUGGGAAAACGCGCGAGAUCGAUAUGAAGGUGAUCGAACCGUACAAGUGUGUGCUAUCGCACGGAGGCUAUCUGCAGGCGGGUGGACACAAUGCGAUUGUAGUAUUCAGUGCGUGCCAUCUGCCGGAUCGUUCCCGAGCCGAUUACCAUUACGUGAUGAACAAUCUGUUUUUGUACGUGGUAAAAACGCUCGAACAGCUGGUAACGGAGGACUACGUGUUGGUGUAUCUGCACGGUGGUUCAAGCCGGGGCAAUGUUCCUCCGUUUCCAUGGUUGAAAAAGUGUUACCAGUUGCUUGAUCGUCGGCUGAGAAAAAGCCUUCGCUAUCUUUACAUGGUGCAUCCGACGUUUUGGCUAAAGAGUGUCGUAUGGAUGGCAAGACCCUUCAUUAGUUCGAAGUUUUGGCGAAAACUCGUGUACGUAACUUCGCUGGAAGAGUUGUACAAGCUGGUACCAGUGGAAAAGGCGGCAGUACCAGACAAAGUGAAAAACUACAACGCACGGUAA